UGUUAUGUCCAAACCCCCCAAAACUCUCUAGAUUCUCUCCAUUAUCACCAAAAAUGGAUUCUCGAAUUGACGAUGAAGACGGCGAUCUUCUCCCUUCAACUUCAAGCAACAAUAGCUCCAAUCGCCGUAAUAAUUUCCACUGUUACAGUGAAAAAUUCACUUUCAAUAACUCCGAUUCCGAUUCCGACGCCGGCGAACUCGCCGGAAAUUCAGUUCGGAAACUCAGCUUAGACGAAACGAACCGAACUCCGAAGCUAUUCGAUCGGUUUUACGCCACGUCAUCUUCUGAUGACGAGGAUUUCAGCUCCGGUUCAGGUCAAAACGGUGUCGUUAGGAAACGACUUGAUAAUAUGAUUCAAUUCCUUGACCGUAAAAUUACUUCGGAACAAACUGUUAGUAACAGUAAUGUUAAAGGUGAAUCUCAAGGUUUACCUGAGUUUAUAGGUAAAGGUGGUGGUGCCGGCAUUUUCAAGUUACCGGUACGUGGCGCGGUGCAUCCUGACCGUCCACCAUCGUUGGAUUUACGGCCACAUCCGUUGAGAGAAAGGCAAAUUGGGAGAUUUUUGAGGAAUGUAUUAUGUACGGAUGAUGGAUUAUGGGCCGGGUCGGAGUGUGGAGUUCGUGUAUGGAAUUUAUCGGAAAUGUAUGAGGCUGCUGAGGAUGAGGACGAGGAUGAUGUUGCACCUUUUGUGGAGUCUGUUAGGACUUCACCAACAUUGUGCCUCGUUGAAGAUCUUUCCAAUAGGUUGAUAUGGAGUGGACAUAAAGAUGGUAGAAUUAGGUGUUGGAAGAUGGAUAAUGAGAUUAGUAGUAGAGAGAAAAUUUGUGGAAGAGAUCCUUUGAAAGAAGUGCUAUCGUGGCAAGCUCAUCAUCACGGUCCGGUUCUUUCCAUGGUCAUGACUUCGUAUGGCGAUCUGUGGUCUGGAUCUGAGGGUGGUUCCAUCAAGAUCUGGCCGUGGGAAGGAAUUGAGAAAUCGAUUUCUCUGAUAAAUGAGGAAAGGCAUAUGGCUGCUCUGUCGAUAGAGAGGUCAUACGUGGAUCUAAGGAGUCAAACUAUGCAUAAUGGAACAGGCAAUAACAUAUUUUCUGCUGAUGUCAAAUAUAUGCUGUCUGAUCGCUCUGGAGCAAAAGUUUGGACUGCUGGUUAUUUGUCAUUUGCACUUUGGGAUGCACAGACAAGAGUGUUACUGAAAAUCUUUAACACAGAUGGUCAGGUUGAAAAUAUAUUAGCAGCACAAGAUCCUGUCAUUGAAGAUGAAAUGAGGAUGAAAGUUGUGACCAAUCAAAAAAAGGACAAGUCUCAAAGUUCAAUCAGCUUCUUUCAGCGUUCACGCAAUGCUAUCUUAGGAGCAGCUGAUGCUGUUCGUAGGGUUGCGGCAAAAGGAGGAUUAGGAGACGAUAAUCGGAGAACUGAAGCAUUGAUCAUUACAGUCGAUGGAAUGAUAUGGAGUGGAUGUGCAAAUGGAUUACUUGUCCAAUGGGAUAGAAAUGGCAAUCGUUUGCAAGAUUUCCAUUAUCACGCAUUCUCUGUUCAAUGCCUAUGCACAUAUGGGUCACGGAUUUGGGUAGGUUAUGCUAGUGGCUAUAUGCAGGUAUUGGAUCUUAAUGGUAAUCUACUUGGAGGAUGGAUGGCUCAUAGUAGCCCUGUAAUAGAUUUGUCUGUGGGUGGAGGUUAUGUUUUCACUUUGGCUAAUCAUGGUGGUAUACGAGGUUGGAGUGUGAUAUCUCCCGGACCAGUGGAUGGUAUUUUGCGUUCAGAGUUAGCAAGCAAGGAAUUUUUGUAUACUAGGCUAGAGAAUUUAAAAAUAUUGGCUGGUACAUGGAAUGUUGCACAAGGAAGAGCUUCUCCUGAUUCACUUAUAUCAUGGCUAGGUUCUGCAGCAGCAGAUAUUGGCAUUGUUGUUGUUGGCUUGCAGGAAGUGGACAUGGGUGCUGGUUUUCUUGCAAUGUCUGCUGCUAAAGAAUCAGUAGGUCUUGAAGGAAGUUCUGCUGGUCAAUGGUGGUUGGAAAUGAUUGGAAAAACCUUGGAUGAAGGAUCGACUUUUAUCCGUGUUGGCUUUAGGCAGUUGGCAGGCCUGGUUAUUUCUGUCUGGGUCAGAAGUAAUAUUAGUCGUUAUGUCGGCGAUGUUGAUGUUGCAGCAGUACCUUGUGGUUUCGGGCGCGCAAUUGGGAACAAGGGAGCAGUAGGAUUGAGGAUGAGAGUGUACGAUCGUACUGUGUGCUUUGUGAACUGUCACUUUGCUGCACAUUUAGAAGCUGUCGGUCGCCGGAAUGCUGAUUUUGACCAUGUUUAUCGAAAUAUGAUCUUUAGUCGGCCAUCAAACUUCCUCAAUGCUGCAGCUGCUGGCGUCUCAUCUGCGAUUCAAAUGCUUCGCAGUGCAAAUGGUGCGUUUAAUUCGGCAGAAGCAAUGCCUGAGCUAUCUGAGGCAGAUAUGGUUGUGUUUCUUGGUGACUUGAACUAUCGGCUGGAUGGCAUUUCUUAUGAUGAAGCAAGAGAUUUUAUUUCCCAAAGGUGCUUUGAUUGGCUUAGAGAGAGAGACCAGUUGCAUACAGAGAUGGAAGCGGGCAAUGUCUUCCAAGGAAUGCGUGAAGCUGUCAUCGGAUUUCCUCCAACAUACAAAUUUGAGAGGCAUCAAAUUGGCUUAGCAGGGUAUGAUUCUGGUGAAAAGAAGCGGAUUCCUGCCUGGUGUGACAGAAUUUUGUAUCGUGAUAGCCGUUCUACUUCAGCUUCCACGUGCAGCUUAGAUUGUCCUGUCGUCUCAUCAGUUCUGCAGUAUGAAGCUUGCAUGGACGUGACAGAUAGUGACCACAAGCCAGUUCGGUGCAUAUUCAAUGUGGAGAUUGCUCGAGUGGAUGAAUCUGUGAGAAGGCAAGAAUAUGGGGAAAUCAUUAGAUCAAAUGAGAAAGUUGUGCUUAUGCUUCGGGAACUGAAUAGAGUUCCAGAAUCAAUAGUCAGCACAAACAACAUAAUCCUCCAGAACUCGGAUGCAUCCAUCUUGCGCAUUACAAAUAAGAGCGGGAAAAACAAAGCUAUUUUUGAAAUAAUUUGUGAAGGCGAGUCCACUGUUAAAGAUGAUGGGCAGGUGUUUGAUUAUCGUGCAAGAGGUUCUUUUGGUUUCCCUCGUUGGCUUGAGGUUAAUCCUUUAGAAGGCGUCAUUGCACCAGACCAAAUUGUUGAAAUCUCAGUUCACCAUGAAGAUCACCAGACACUUGAGGAGUUUGUUGAUGGAGUUCCUCAAAACUCUUGGUGUGAAGAUGCCAAGGAUAAGGAAGUCGUAUUGGCAAUCAAUGUACGCGGUUGCUUCUCAACGGAAAGAAAAUGUCACCGUGUCCGUGUACGCCACUGCUUUUCAGGGAAGCCUUUGCCAGCAGAGGUUAGCCCCAACAACUCUAACCAUUUGCAGCCAAAUGUCCUUCGCCGCUCUGAUUUUAAACCCAGUGGCUUUUCGCCUGAUGUUGUUGAUGACCUAAUAAAUCUAAACAGUCCUUGCAUAUCUCCACGUUGAGCCACACCCACAUCCAAUUUCCGUGUUUCAGUACAACGAACCUGCAAAGGAAUGUGUGUAUGUAAAUAGUCACCAAAGGGACUAGUGUUCAACUUCUCAAUAGGAAAUUAUUGUUGAAUAUGUCAUUCUUUUGAGCUGGCCGCUUUCGGAUUUUUCAGGCAGUCACUUUAAUUUGAACGUGUAUAGCAUAAAUUGCGCACUUGCAAUGACAUAGAGUUAGUUGUGUAUGUAACCAUUUAAGGUAUCCGAGUGAGUGUCGCAUUGAGUUGAACCCAUCUAAAGUUGUGGUGUGGGUUUGACCUCUUUGAGAAUUCUUUUUGAUAUGCUUCUUGUUUCUACAUUUUCAGUUUUGGGAGGAGAUAUGUGCAUUUGUAAUACAUUUAGCAGGGAAAGGAGGCAUGUGAUAUGUUUUCCCCUCUCUAGCAUUGUUUUUUGUUU